UAUGCAUCUCCCUCUUUGAUUCUUGCAAAAUCACAGGGCCACUUCUUCUCCAACCAGGCAAACGAAACCAACUUGGUGACUGGCUUUGUUCUCUUGGGCUUCCCAUCCCUCUCAUGGUCAUUCCACCUGCUGCUUUGCUCUCUGCUCUCCACCUGCUAUGUCUUCACCUUAUUGGGCAACCUGUGCAUCGUGUGGGCUGUCCUCUGGGACUCUCGCCUCACCCGCCUCCCCAUGUACAUCCUCCUGGGCAACUUUUCAGGGCUGGAGAUGUGCUACGUAACCACCACGGUGCCCCGGAUGUUGUCAGAUCUAGUGUCCCUGCAGCCAAGCAUCAUCUCCUUCCAAGGCUGCUUUCUCCAAUUCUACUUCUUCUUUUCUAUGGGGACCACCGAGAGCUUCCUCCUUGCUGCAAUGGCCUUGGAUCGCUACUUGGCCAUCUCCCACCCAUUGCGUUAUCCUAUCCUUAUGUCACCACGGUUUUGUGUCAACUUGGCAGCAUCCUGCUGGGUCUCUGGGUUCAUUUGGUUCUUGGUGCCCAUUGUGUUGAUUUCCCAGCUCCGUUUCUGUGGCUCCAAUCUCCUCGACCAUUUUAUCUGCGACCCAGGACCACUGCUGUCUGCGUCCUGCUCUCCAGCUCCCCGCACGGAGUUGGCUUUCUACAGCCUCAGCUCCAUUGCUAUCUUUGGCCCAUUCCUUUUCAUCGUGGGAUCCUACACCGCAGUCCUACGGGCAGUGAUGAGGUUGUCUUCCACCGUGAAGAGGAAGAAGGCCUUUUCCACCUGCACCUCCCACCUGGCCGUGGUGAGCCUUUUCUACGGAUCCAUCAUGGUCACCUACGUCGCCCCCGAAGCUUCUGGAGGCAGCAACAAAGUGGUGACCCUCUUCUAUUCAGUGGUGACCCCUCUGCUCAACCCACUCAUCUACAGCCUGAGGAACAAGGAGAUGAAGGAUGCCCUAAGGAGGACAAUACUGGGGGGAAAUUAGAUGCAAUGAUCCGGGGAUGGUUGAUGUGGACCUUGGCCAGAAAAUCA